GUCUCUUUUUGAGUCCAACCCUUUUUCAACUUCUUAUCUAUUGCAUCUUGUUUACGUAGCUUGCUGCAAGCCUGCAACUGAUUCUCCUUUCUUCUUCAACACAUCAAAAUGCUACUUUUUCUCUCUACAACGGCGAUUCCAACAAUUUCCCGCAUAAAACUCCUUCCAAAACCAUUACUUUUCACAUCUCUCCGCAGAAUCCAAUUCCCGCAUAAAUAUUCUACCCGCACCGUCUCUUGCAUACAAAACCCAACUCCAAAACGCAAUGGAGAUAUUGUCGUUUUGGGCAUCGAAACUAGCUGCGACGACACUGCCGCCGCUGUUGUGAGAAGUGACGGUGAAAUUCUGAGCCAGGUGAUAUCUUCUCAGGCAGAUCUGCUUGUGAAGUAUGGAGGAGUUGCUCCAAAAAUGGCAGAAGAAGCUCACUCACAAGUGAUAGACCAGGUUGUGCAAGAAGCCCUUGAUAAAGCUUAUAUGACUGAGAAGGAUCUUACCGCAGUUGCUGUUUCUAUUGGUCCUGGUUUAAGUCUCUGCCUUCGUGUAGGGGUGCAGAAGGCUCGGAGAAUUGCUGGGGGCUUUAAUUUACCAAUUAUUGGCAUCCAUCACAUGGAGGCUCAUGCUCUAGUGGCUAGGUUAAUUGAGAAAGAUUUGCAGUUUCCAUUCAUGGCCCUACUUAUUUCAGGGGGACAUAAUCUACUCAUUCUUGCACGUGAUCUUGGCCAAUACAUACAACUUGGAACUACAAUAGAUGAUGCUAUUGGCGAGGCUUAUGACAAGUCAGCAAAAUGGCUUGGACUUGAUUUGAGCAGAAGUGGUGGUCCUGCUAUAGAAGAGCUUGCUAGAGAGGGCAAUGCUAAAUCAGUCAGUUUCUCUAUUCCAAUGAGGCAGCACAAAGAUUGCAACUUCUCGUAUGCUGGUCUAAAAACCCAAGUAAGACUGGCAAUUGAGUCCAAAAAGAUUGAUGCCAAAAUUCCUAUUUCUUCUGCAAGUUAUGAAGAUCGGUUGUCACGAGCUGACAUUGCUGCUUCUUUUCAGCGAAUUGCAGUGUUACAUCUCGAGGAAAGGUGUGAACGAGCAAUACAGUGGGCAUUGAAGAUGGAGCCUUCUAUAAAACACUUGGUUGUCUCUGGUGGUGUUGCAUCAAAUCAAUAUGUCCGGGCUCGGCUUGAUACGGUUGUGAAGAAGAAUGGCCUGCAACUUGUAUGCCCUCCUCCCCGGCUUUGUACUGACAAUGGUGUAAUGGUUGCUUGGACUGGUAUUGAGCACUUUCGCGUGGGAAGAUAUGACCCUCCACCUCCUGCAGAAGAUCCAGAAGACUUUGUGUAUGAUAUACGCCCAAGGUGGCCGUUGGGGGAAGAAUAUGCUGAAGGAAGAAGUGAAGCUCGCUCCGUAAGAACUGCACGCAUUCAUCCUUCUCUUACAUCUCUAAUUCAAGCAUCAUUGCAACAGUGACAUGGCAUGAACUUUGUGUUGCUUCAGCCUCUUUAAGUCUAUUUCUUGGACUUUUCUCUGAUUGCGCAAAUGACAUGUUUGGCUGAAUUUUCAAGAAUAUAUAUAGCAGCUUUGCAAGUUUGAUUCUUUUCCUGGGGAAACUAGCCAUUUGAAUCAAACAAUAUACAAGAAGCCAAAACAUGUAACAGCAGGGAAAACCUCACAAUUUUGGUUGGAAGAGAUGUAAAUUGAUUGCUACAAGCAAUAACCAAAAUUGUAUUACUUAAAAGGGGAAAAAGGAAGGAAUUAUUCUGCAUUUGUGCCUUAUUCUUUAUGAAAUUUGUAAUUAAAGGGCUUGUACUAUUUAGUUCUUUUUGUUUUGGUCUAUAUACCUUCAUUGUUCAAAAAUUACUUUCAAACUCAUUAAUUUGAAUCUAGUCGUGUGGAUCCAAACAUUUUCAAGAGUUUAAUAGAUACGUUCUAUCGGUGUAAAUUAAUUUUAUACUGAUAUUCAAUAGGAA